CGCAGCGGCGGCGGCGGCGGCGGCGUUCUCCGGGAUCCGCGAUUUUCCUUCUCCCCGACCGGGGGAGGGGUUGGAGUCGCGGAUCGGGUCCGGGAAGGAGCUGCCUCCCGCACCGAGGGGCAGCGGCGGGGGUGGCGGGGAGUGUGAUGGGGAACGGUCGGAAGAACUUGUCCUUCCUUGUCGAAUUUGUUUGAGCGCUUCCGAUACUUGGCACCAAACAGAAACAACAUUCAAUUUCCACACCUCCCAGCAGCUGUGGGUGCUGAUACAGUGCCUGUGCAGCAUCUGCUGCCAGAAGGGAGGCAAAGCAGCAGGAGAGCGGACACUGAGGGGUCAUGGCCAUGUGGUUCCCUGCUCUGCUCCCGCUGAUCCUCGCAGCCCUGCAGCCCGCAGCCAGUUCCACGGACCCACCGCCCUGCCCGUGGGAGAUGAACAAGGUGAAGGACAUCGUGGAGGUGAACUGCACCGGGCAGAAUCUCAGCGCGGUGCCCGCCGGCCUGCCCAAAGACACGGGCAUCCUGCUGCUCAACGCCAACAGCCUGCUGUCCGUCUCCACCGCCGCCUUCCAGCCGCUGCCCGCCCUGCAGGACCUCGACCUGUCCGACAACGGCCUGCGGGCCGUGGACACCGAGACCCCGCUGCCGAGCCUGAAGGAGCUGCUGCUGUCCCGCAACGCGCUGGAGGCUCUGCCCGCCCUGCGGGGCCUGCCCGCGCUCACCCGCCUGGCCCUGGCUCACAACAAGCUGCAGGCUCUGGCCCCCGCGGCCUUCCACGCCGUGCCGCAGCUGCAGGACCUGGACCUGCAGGGGAACGGGCUGCGGACGCUCCCUGAGGACGCCUUCGCCGAGCUGCGGGCGCUCAAGGACUUGGAUCUGUCAGACAACACCUUGGAGGAGCUCCCCGGCGGGCUGCUGCGGGACCUGGAGGCGCUGGAGACGCUGUGGCUGUCGGGGAACCGGCUCCGUGCCCUGCCCUCCGGCUUCUUCCCCGAGGGGCACCUCUUUGCCUACGUCUUCCUCACCGAGAACCCCUGGCACUGCGACUGCGGCCUGGUCUACCUGCGCUCGUGGAUCCUGAGGAACGAGGGGAGCGUCUACGAGCCCGAGCGUGGGCUGGGGAAGACGAAGGUGGAGGUGGCCCCGGAGAAGGUGCUGUGCCACAGCCCCCCCGAGCACCAGCAGAAGCCCAUCAUCCGCUUCAAGCCCAACUGUGGCCACAUGGGGAAUGAAGAUGAGGAAGAGUAUGAGUACAUGUAUGAGGAAGGGAGCCCUGAAAACCCUCUCGUGACCUCCUUGCCAGCGACGUGUCCACCCAGCUAGAGGCUGAGCCAUUGCUGCCUCCUGCACUGGGUGCUAUACCUGGCCUCCUUGGUUCUGCUGCUCCUGUCUAGCUCCUUUCCCUAUCACUGCCCUCACACUCAUUAUGGUUGCUAGAUCUGAAAUGAUUUCUGGGCUGCUUGGCAGGGGUAGGUGUUUUCCUAAACCAGAGCUUGGGGCUGAAAUGCCAAGUUUUGGGGUCAGUGUGGGAAAGCAGAGCUUGCUUUGUACGCUACUUGCUAUCUGUUUCUGCUUGAAUAAUACACACAGAGAUGCUUUCAACUCAGUGUCAGGUUAUCACAGAAUAAAUCACAGAAUAAAUCUUU